AUGAUCGUCUGGGUUCAGCUGCCAGCCUUGAAAAUCCAUUUCUACCAUAAGGAGGUUCUCACAACUUUGGGCAAUCUCAUUGGCCGUACCAUCAAGCUCGAUUACCACACGCUCAACCUUCAACGUGCGAAAUUUGCUCGACUGGCGGUCGAGGUGGACCUCUCCAAACCCCUGGUGCCCCGCAUUUGGUUGGAUGACGCUUGGCAGAAGGUCGAUUAUGAGAAUUUGCUGGAUGUUUGCUUCGAGUGUGGGGUCAUUGGUCACACAUCAGCCUGCUGUCCGCUGCGACAGACGGCCAGGCCACCGGCGUUGAUGGCGAUAACCGGCGGCGAAUCCCCGGGGAGAACCUCCGAGCCGGUAACGGAAGAACCAAACCCGGGUUUUGGGCCGUGGAUAUUGGUCACUCGCAAAAACAGGCGGAAUCUUAGGGAUACUCCUCAAAAAGCUAAAUCAGAAGGGGAAACAAGAAAUAUCAAUGGGGGUGUUCAGACAAAACAAGGAAAGAUUGGGGGUGGGGAUAAGGAAGGAGGAGGCAUGACUGCCUCGUGGUCCCUGGCAUCUCCUUCUGAUACCCAACGGACCUCUGGCCAAGAAAGGAAAGGAGGAUCAGGAAAGAAAGGAGGGGAGGAAGGCAGGAAGGGAAAGGGGACUUACUCCGAAUCCCAGGGCAACGGUAAGGGGAUCUUGGGCUCUGGCCCGGAGAAGAAAAUGAACGUGAGGAGUGGGCCUAAAGACCAGGCCCAAGCAUCAACGUCAGCCCAAUUCUCAGAUAAGCCGAGUACUCCAACGAAGCCCAAACCCCUGGCUUUGGUCGGCUCCCAGCAAAUGGGCUUGGCCAAGACUUCUCUGAAGCCCGAUACGAAGCCAGUCCAGCAAUCAAGCCCACCUACGGUCCAAACGAUCACGGGAGAGAAUGGAACAAUUAUGCAGAUUGUUCAUCUUCAACCAAAACCAGUGGAACGCCCAACCUCCCAGGUACCUGCUGUUCCUUCAUCAACCAAGGACAGGACAAAACGAGGGAAGGCAAAACAGGCGGAUCAUCGUAGAACUCCCACGAAGCUAAGCCCGCUGAGAGGGCUGCAUAUAGGAACUCCGAAGAAGGAGCGCAGGUCCAAAUCCAAAGGACGAAUUGCGGCGCUGACGAUGCAAGAAAUCGCCGCCUGGACCUCGGCGGCCAAUUCGACGACGGGGAACACGGAGGGAGGCGCAGGGGCCGGUUCGCGGGAGGAGCAAGCGGCGAAUCCUUCACAGACCGCCCUCGACUUCUCGAUUCCUUGA